GCAGGUGAGCUGACUGUCCGGACACCCAACGGUCGGCACCACGGCGGCCGCGGCGGAGGCGAACGGCGGCGGGGGCGGGGACCCAGGGCCGCGGCGAGGCGGCGCUAGGAUCUGCCCGGCGAGGUGGCCAGGAACAUGUCAUCCUCGUGAACACGCUUCCCCCGGACCCCUCUUCUUCCCUGACCCUGGUCCUCGACGGCGUCGUGGUGAGGAGAAGCGAGCAACCGUCUACUCCACCUCGCCCAUCAUGUCUGCCGCCACAGCUGCAGCUGCCGCUCGGUGCGUCCCGCUCCGGGCGUCCCCGCCGGAGACCGCGAAGUCUUCCGCUUCCGUGCCCACCUCCUCGGCCGCCUCUGCAUCUGCUUCCCUCCGCGCCGCCGCCGUCGCCGCGGGACCUGGCCGCCGGCUCCCGGCGCCGCCGCUCCGGUGCUCCUCCUCGUCGCCGGAGAACUCUGCCCCGCCGGAUCUUGGCUUGCUUCUGGAGGUGGAAGGAGUUCUUCCAGAUGUCUACCGUUUCGGCAAUCGCCAAGCUUUCAAUGUAGGUGCGAAACACAAAAAAUAUACUUCUAUUCUUCACACCCUUAUUACCAAGUUCUAUUGCACUGUAUUUUACUCCAAUAUGGCUACUAUGCUGAGGUUGAAAUGUAAAAUAGUAAAUUCAGUAGAUAAACAAUGGAGCGGUCUAGCCUGCAGAGUACAAGUCUACCUGCACAAGUAUGAAUGGUUCUUGCCUGUUGAUUUUAAUACAUUUUAA